CUACCUUCUUUUUCUUUCUUUUGUGUUUUUUUUUAUUACUUCUUUCUCUUUUAUCAGAGCAAAGCCAUCAGCAUCAGUGAACCUCAACCAUUCCCAUUGCUGUGCCUGCCAAUGGAGAGCUUUGUACUUCAAUCGCUCUCCACCUCAAUCUCCUUCUCCUCUCGCUCUUCCAUUCUCCAUCAUCGUCCUCGUCCCAUCACCAGAUCCAACUCGUCUCUUCCAUUCAAUCACCACACCCCAUCUUUCAGAUCAUCCAUUAUUUCUCAACCUUUCUUCUUUCCUUCAAAAGCUUCCACCUUUAAUCCUUUCUCAAAACCCCACAAGCCAAUCCAAGCUUCUUCUUCUUCAUCUCAACCUCCACCACCUUCACCUUUAAAAGCCCCACAUAUUCUUCAGGGUGCAAAGCCAAUCCCUUUUCUCAUAUCCAUAAGCAUAGGCCUCAUUGUUCAAUUCCUUGUUCCAAAACCAGUGGAAAUCACACCUCAGGCAUGGCAAUUGCUCUCAAUUUUCCUCUCAACAAUUGCGGGCCUUGUUCUGAGCCCGUUGCCCGUUGGAGCAUGGGCUUUUUUAGGCCUGACAGUGUCUGUGGUCACAAAAACUCUCACCUUUUCAGCUGCUUUCAGUGCUUUCACCAACGAGGUGAUUUGGUUGAUAGUGAUUUCGUUCUUCUUUGCUCGUGGAUUUGUGAAGACUGGGUUAGGGGAUAGGAUUGCAACUUACUUUGUGAAAUGGAUGGGAAAGAGCACGUUGGGGUUGUCUUAUGGGCUAUCAUUCAGUGAGGUGCUUAUUGCACCGGCAAUGCCGAGCACCACCGCCAGAGCCGGUGGUGUGUUCUUGCCAAUUAUAAAUUCACUAUCACUCUCUGCAGGGAGUGAACCGGGUAAACCAACGGCUAAGAGGUUGGGAGCUUUUCUCGUUCAGAACCAAUUUCAGUCUGCUGGUAACUCUAGUGCUCUUUUCCUAACUGCUGCAGCUCAAAAUCUGCUGUGUUUGAAAUUAGCAGAGGAGCUUGGAGUGGUAGUUUCAAACCCUUGGGUUACUUGGUUUAAGGCAGCUAGUUUACCUGCACUCGUUUGUCUUCUGGUUACACCAUUGAUUUUAUACAAGCUCUAUCCCCCAGAAAUUAAAGAUACACCAGAUGCACCUGCCCUGGCUGCAAAGAAACUGGAAAGUAUGGGCCCUGUCACUCAAAAUGAAUGGGUUAUGGUUGUUACAAUGCUUCUUGCAGUCUCUUUGUGGAUCUUUGGAGAGACUCUUGGCAUAGCAAGCACGGUAGCUGCGAUGAUUGGGUUAUCAAUACUCCUCAUAUCAGGAGUCCUUGAUUGGAAUGACUGCUUGAAAGAAAAAUCGGCGUGGGAUACCUUGGCUUGGUUUGCCGUUCUAGUAGGUAUGGCAAGCCAGUUGACAAACCUUGGUAUCGUGACCUGGAUGUCGGAUUGUGUGGCACACAAUCUUCAGUCAUUCUCAUUGAGCUGGCCAGUUUCACUAGUUGUUCUUCAGGCAGCUUAUUUCAUCAUCCACUACCUUUUUGCAAGUCAGACUGGACAUGUGGGGGCUUUAUACUCUGCAUUUCUUGCUAUGCAUAGGGCAGCUGGUGUUCCUAGUGUUCUGGCAGCUCUUGCUUUAGGUUAUAACACAAAUCUUUUUGGUGCAAUAACACACUAUAGUAGUGGUCAGGCUGCUGUAUACUAUGGAGCUGGUUAUGUAGACCUUCCUGAUAUAUUCAAAAUGGGGUUCAUCAUGGCCGUUAUUAAUGCAACCAUCUGGGGAGGUGUUGGCUCUUUCUGGUGGAAAUUUUUGGGCUUGUAUUGAUUUUCCAUUUCCAUGUAAGUAAAUAGCAGUUUUCCCUGUAUCUUUUGGCCCUUCUUCUUCUCGGCCGAAAGAAAAGGUCCUUCAUUUGAUUUGAGGACAGUUGAGCUCAUCAUUUUGACAUGAAAAUUUUCUGCUUUUGGCUUUAUUUAUUUGUUAGUUUUAGUAUUGUUACCCCUGCUUUAUUUUAUAUACAGUCAUUAAUAUAUUUAUAAAAGGUUUUUAAGGAAACCUGAAUUAAAGAUUUGAA